GUGGCGUCGAUUAUAUAUACGAGGGAGAAGCUGUUUGAACAAAGCAGCCAUUAUAUGACCGUGGAAAAUCCUACAUACAUGUGCUUGUGAUCCUAUGAAUCUUUUGCUCGUAAGCUCAUCUCAGUGAUAGAAUCUCUGUCUCAGAGCUCACCUUUGUGUAUCAAGAAGGGAGUGAGGGCAUUUUUCCCUUGUUUCGUUCGUUCCUGACAGAUCAAACUGAGAAAACAAUCUGUUCCCCACUUUCUGCCUCUUCCAAUUCCACUCGAUUUUGUUGUUUCUAAGAAUCUUUUUUUCAGCCGGGCUGAGUUUGAGCCUUCUAUUUCUAAAAAAUAUAUAUACUUUUGCAAUCCAAAAUCCCACAAAACUUAAAUUUUGAUCAGAGAAUGGGUCUCUCAAGCCUCCCAGCUCCAUCUGAGGGAGUACUAUGUGUAAUUCUGGUAAAUACUGCCCUAUCCAUCUCUAUUGUCAAGGGCAUAGUCCGAACAAUCCUUCACAUUGUUGGUAUCCGCCUAUCAUCAUCAUCAUCAGCUUCACCCCCAUCAUCAGAUUCCACUCAAAACCCCCCAGAGCCAUUUGAAUUCCGUCUUACUGCUUCUGAGAGUUACAUUGAGGAGUUCCGGAGCCGGAGCCCAGCUAUUCGGUUUGAUACAGUGUAUAGCUGUAAACAGCCUGAACACGAAUGUUCGGUUUGCUUGACUCAGUUUGAACCCGAAUCCGAGAUAAACCGCUUGUCAUGUGGUCAUCUUUUUCAUAAAGCUUGUUUGGAGAAGUGGCUUGACUAUUGGAACAUUACAUGUCCUCUCUGUAGGACUCCCUUAAUGCCUGAGGAAGAAGCAUCUUGCAUUUGGUGAGCAUUUACAAGUUUGUGACAUGUGAGUCAAGGGAAUUCAAUGUACAGCAUAGUGUACAGUUACUUUUGUGAAUGCAUCGGCUGGAUGUAGUGUUAUACGCAUAUUAUGCAGGGGUUCAGAUGUGAUAUGUUGAUAGGUCUUUGAGACCUAAUUUUAUUAUGUACAUACAUAUUUUGAUGUUUCUGGUGUUAUAUGAAUUGCACUUCUGGCUUGAGCCUUUUUGUGGA